AUGGGGAAACGGAAAGAACCAGAUAUUCUACCACCAUGGAGGAAUGACCUCACCCUGGGUAGUAACUCUUCCCUUCUGCUCAUCUACGCAAAGGGAAAAGAAAGUGCAAGUUUCCUAGUUUACAUUGAGUUUCUUGAGGGAGAAAAGGCUCUUGCCAGCCUGGUGGAGCUAGCUACUGACGUUGGAAAGGAGUUGGAGGAUGGAGGUUUGUGGCCGGCGAAUGAGAGAGGUGUGGGGGAGGGGGAAGAGAAAAGCAAGCGGGCUGAGGAAAAAUCUUUGGUUGCAGCAGGAAGAGAGAGACGUCUGGGGGGCUUUUUGCCUGGUGGAAGGGCAUCACUGGUCCAUAGCCGGGGCCCCUGGGAUGACCCAUCCCAAGGUCCCAGCCUGAGUCUGAGGUCUCAGGGCUGGUCGCAGGCCGUCCUUGCAGCCCUCGCCAGAGCGUUGUCUGCACCUCCGACACUAGGUGGCGCCACAGGAACAUCCUCGCGGCCCGAGGCGCGGUCGCAGCCGGGGAGCACUCGCCGCGGUGCUGUGGAAAUCUCUGGUUUUUCACGCAAGGGGCGGUGGGGGCCGGGCAGGGGCGGUGGGGGCCGGCCUCUUCUCGGUGCUGCUCGGUCAGGCUGUCCCGGCGCGGCGGCCUCGGGAGGCCCUGCAGUCCUUCACCCCUGGAGGCGGGCUGGGGGGCGGGUGCGGGGCGCUUCCCCUCCUCAGGGCCCUCAAACCGCAAGGGGGUUUCCGCUUCCCAGUCGAGAGUCGUCCUCUCCCAUCCCCGGCUGCAUCUCCAUUUACCCGUCGCCCAUUUCCUUUGCCCAUCCGGGCUCCUUGGCUCCACUGGGGUCUCCGUUCCCUUCUCCCGGCCCCCUCUCCAGGUCGCGGCUCCUUUGUCCAGGACUCCGCAGGGGCUUGACCCCAGGGCGUUGGUUUAGGCCGGAUCUGGGGUCCCUCGUCACGCCCAGGCUUCUUCCACUUCCGGUUUCUGGAGAACCGGGAAUCAAGCCCUGCGCGUUCCUCUUCUUCCUCCUUGGUGCUGAAAGCACGCUUCCUGUCUGCCAGGGCAUCAGUUCUGAAACACCAGAUACUGCUACACCAUCUCAUUGGCAUGGACCUAUAUGUGGCAGCAAGUCCAUCUCAUCGCUUUUGGUGAAAGUCAGUCCAGUUUGUAAAGAUUCUCAUUGUCACUGUAGACGAGGAACUGGGACACCAAAAGGAGAAACUGGCCACCCUUGUACCCUGUUCCCAAUCCUGGUCCAGCAUCACCCACAGAUGGCAAGGAGCUCUAGAGACCUCACCAGCCCCUGGGAUUGGUCACCCCACUCUUCUGUGGACAGAGAUUCCUGCUGGGAUCCUUUGAGGGCAAGCAGACCCUUCUUCCAGCUUGGACUGUGAACUCCACUGCAGCCGUAAGGACUGUCUGUGACAGUGAGCCCGAGAUGACUGGGCUCUGUGCUCCCUCCCAGCCCUCCAGUCCUUGGCCUGCCACAGAGAACUGAGCUCUUUUAUUAGCACCAUGAAUGUGACUGAUACAGCUAGCCAUUCCCUCGUGCGAAUGACUCAGUUUAUUAAUGCUCUGCUAAAGAUGGCUUCUUUGCUUGCCAGCAGCCUUAAACAGUAUUUCAUUAAAACUGGCUUAAUUAUUUUGAGAAGACGGCCCAAUUAAAAGCUAUACACUCCCUCUAUGUGAGUGUUUAUACAUAGAGCUGUAUAUAUAAUACAUAUUUGUAAGUGUGUAUAUAUAUAUGUGUAUGUAUGUGUCUAUAAAUAUAUAGGCUUAGCAAUUUAAUUACAUGGGAUAAAUUGUUGGAAAAAAUACCCAGGAGCUGGUCCCCUUUCUGUUGCUAGAUUCAGAGUAGAGGCCACCCCUCCACUCUGGGAGAGGCUGGUGUUGGUGAUCUCUUAAUGACUCUGCAAUGGAAAUCCCAACUGCACAGAGCCCUGCCCCAGUUUCAGGAGCCAGCAGCCUCGGGAGAGGCGGAUCCUGACCUCUGCUCUGCUCUUGGGAUAGCCUUUCCCUUCCCAGCAGGGUUGAGAUACUUGGGCAGGGAAAUGUUGUGGCAAAGUAUUUGCCAAAGCUCAGGAGAGACACAGACUUGGGGCUUUUGUUUCUUGAGCUGGCUGUCUAGCUUUCCUAAUGAGCAAAUAUGUUCUCUUUAAGGAAACAAACAAAGCAAAAACACCAAUUCAUCUGGAUUUUAUUCAUUUGUUUUAAAUACAAACAAACAAAAGGAGAGUGGUUAUUUCUGCACCAACUAUUUCAAAUGCAAGUUACUCCAUCGCUCGGGGUGGUUGGAUGGUGCUUGUCACCAUAGGACCCACAGGGCUAGUUCCAACUGUUAUUCGGUAAGGCUUUUUUCUUUCCAAAAUUCCCAGUGUUCCUUUAAGGCCCAUUUAGCUGCGGGUUUUGUUUAUUCUCCUGGCAAUCGGCAUUUAAAACAAGACAAACAAGCAUUUUUCCUGGGCUGUGAAUCCCCCCGGCCAGCCUCCACCUGCACACCUGAAGCCAGCAUGUCCAAUCGAAUUUCUCUGUAACCCGUAUCCCCUUUAGAGACUUGCCCCCUUCGUAUACCAGGCUGGAAAUAGAGAACUUAAGCAGGGCAAAUGUAAUUUUAAGAAUUGCUAAUGAUGCUAGAAAUCUGCAAUGCAAUUAGCAUCAUUGGAUUUGGCGCUCCUCCGAAGGCACAAAACUCCUUGUCAUAGCGCAGUGGCAGCAGCGGCAAGUGCCUCCGCAUGUGCUGGGCUGUCCGGGUAUGCUGGCAGCCGCUUUGCACUGAGAUGUGAGCAGUUGGUUAGGCUUCCUCUCUUUCUUUCUCACAGAUACUGACUUCUUUGUCUCUUUUCUGGGUUGCAGAGGGAUGGAUAUUUUCCAUUGAUUAUUACUUUAGCAUUUGACCCUCCAGUGGAGUCACCCUGUUUUUUUUUAGAAAACUGAGACUCUCACUUUGUGAACUCACUGUGCUCUCUGGGAUUUCAGUGCUAUAGUUCAACCACCAAUCCCCCUGUCCUGAACUCCAGUACUUCUGAUGCUAUUAAUUGGUUCCUCAACAAUUGUGGUGGCCUUUCCAUCAUUGCCCACCAUAGUAUAUACUUUUCUUUCUCUCUCUCUCUUUUUUCUAAUUUCCUUGUCUUCUUCACUCUCCAUGGAGCCAGAGGUAGUAUGAAGAGUUAAAAAUAGGAAUAUAAAGAAAGCCAGAGGGAGAGAGGGAGUGAGAAAGAAAAAUUUUAAAAAGGGAGGAAAUGAAUUAUUGGAUUAAAAAUAAACCUUUACUGUUUUGCAGAAAAAUUAUUUUUGUUCUCUGGAAAAAUAACGUGGGCCAGGCAUAAAAAGCAUGUCAGCUGGCUAAAAGAUUGCAAAAUCCAGAAGAUGAUCUCGAUGUGUCUGUUCAAUUUAGCAAGGGUAUCUACUAGGGGAUCCUCUUUUAAAUAUGGAGGCCCAAAUCAGAAGCUUGUAGAGGGGAGCUAUUCUUCCAAGAUUCCAGAUGUGUCUGUGAGACAACACGUUAUGGGGCAAAUUGAUUUCACCCUUGGGAAACCAGGGAGAUUUUCAAAGUUAUGUCUGCAAAGCCAGCUAAUGCAAUUCCCCAUUAGUGCAUUAAAGUGUGCCCUUAUUAAUUCAAACAUAAAGGCAACAAAAUAAGCUGUUAAAUUUAAAAUAUAAUACAUAUAUAAUGAGCAUGUGUGAAAGCCUUAUUCAAAUGAAAAUACAGGAGUGUUUGAACUACUGAGGUAUCUUUUGUAUUGAAUUAUGAGCAUAUGUAAUAGAUUUAAUUAUUAAUUUCCCCAUUGUUCUAUGCACACAGACAGGGUUCAAGGCACAGUCAUUCUCUGGCUUUCAUAGAUCUAAUUUGUAUAAUUAUUGCCUGAAUAAAAAAUUGCUCCAA